CCUCUCCGAGAGCCCGGAGCCUUCGCCGCGCCCCGGUCCUCCGCGGACCCCGAAGCGAGCGUCGACACCCGUCCGCUCUUCCCGCGGCCGGCUGAGGCCUGUGGAAAUCCAAGUAAGCGUUGUAAUGAGUGGCGGGCGCCCAGCUGUUUUGUGUAGAAGUACAUGGUAGCCUAGCCUUUAAAACUUCUUUUCGCUGGAACAGGGCAUCCACCUCUCCUUGCGAAGCUUUGCAAGAGUACUCAUCUCCAAGAAGGCUUUCUGCCAGGCCCUCAGGCUGUACUUUCAUGCACCAGCAGCCACCACCACCCAGCGUGUGCAAGUGGGUUUUAGGUACCUGAAACAUCAGCAGUUUCCUCGUGAUUCUGAGGAUUAAGGAGGUUUGGAGGUUGCUAUGUUAAUGCUGCUUGUCUUUGGAGUGCUGCUUCAUGAAGUCCCAUUGAGUGGCCAAGAUGAGGCUCUUCUUGAGGCUGACAGUGUUCCAAGCAAACUCCUGUACAACUACACCAGCCUCCGCCUGCCAGAGGAGCACAUUCCCUUCUUCUUGCAUAGCAAUAGGCAUAUUGCUACCAUCUGUGAGAAGGACCCACAUUGUCCAUAUAAGAAGCACAUAGAAAAUCUUAAGUACUGCUGGGGUUAUGAGAAAUCCUGCAAACCAGAGUUCAGGUUUGGCUACCCUGUUUGCAGCUUCGUUGAUAGGGGGUGGGUAGACACUUUGGAGUCAGCAGAGGACAUGUUCUGGAAACAAGCUGACUUUGGAUAUGCCAGAGAGCGGCUGCAGGAAAUGCAUGUGCUCUGCCAACAAGAGAGAAUGAGUGACUCAAGUCUGGUAUGUUCCCGUUAUCUUCAGUACUGCAGAGCCACCAAUCUCUACCUGGACUUAAGAAAUAUCAAGAGAAACCAUGACAGAUUCAAGGAAGAUUUUCUUCAGGGUGGCGAAAUUGGAGGACACUGUAAACUUGACAGUAGUACAUUGAUGUCAGAAGGUCAGCGCAAAAGCCCUCUGCAGUCUUGGUUUGCUGAGCUACAAAGCUAUACUCAGCUCAACUUCAGGCCAAUAGAAGAUGCAAAAUGUGACAUUGUUAUUAAAAAACCAACAUAUUUUAUGAAAUUAGAUGCAGGUGUUAAUAUGUAUCAUCACUUCUGUGAUUUUCUUAAUCUUUACAUCACUCAGCAUGUUAACAAUUCCUUCAGUACAGAUGUGUACAUCGUGAUGUGGGACACCAGCACUUAUGGAUAUGGUGACCUGUUCUCUGACACCUGGAAAGCCUUUUCUGAUUAUGAAGUUAUUCAUUUGAAGACCUACGAUUCAAAAAGGGUGUGUUUUAAAGAAGCUGUUUUUUCACUCCUGCCCCGUAUGCGGUAUGGGCUGUUUUAUAAUACUCCUCUGAUAUCUGGCUGUCAAAACACCGGCUUAUUUAGGGCCUUUUCCCAGCAUGUGCUACACAGACUAAACAUCACUCAAGAGGGACCCAAGGAUGGAAAAAUUCGAGUCACUAUUCUUGCUCGGAGCACAGAAUAUCGGAAAAUAAUAAAUCAAAAUGAGCUUGUAAAUGCACUGAAAACAGUAUCUACAUUUGAUGUCAAGAUUGUUGAUUAUAAGUAUAGGGAACUAGGGUUUUUAGAUCAGCUAAGGAUUACACACAACACGGACAUAUUUAUUGGAAUGCAUGGAGCUGGUCUCACCCAUUUACUUUUCCUUCCAGAUUGGGCUACUGUAUUUGAACUAUACAACUGUGAAGAUGAACGCUGCUACCUAGACUUGGCCAGGCUGAGAGGCGUUCACUAUAUCACAUGGCGGAGGCAAAGCAAAGUUUUUCCUCAAGAUAAGGGCCACCACCCAACUCUGGGGGAGCACCCGAAGUUUACCAACUACUCUUUUGAUGUGGAAGAGUUCAUGUACCUUGUCCUCCAGGCUGAAGACCAUGUGCUACAACACCCACAGUGGCCAUUUAAGAAGAAACAUGAUGAGCUGUAGAUGUGUUGAGCCUGUUACAAGAAGAGGGAGUCUAAACAUUACCUCACUCAGACUCAGAAAUAACCUUUUUAUAUCCUAAUUCAAGAUGAAAAGUUUUUUAAAAUACACCUCAGGCUGCCCAUGAACUCAUGAUCCUCCUGCCUCACAGAUGUGUACAGCCACACCUUGCUGCAGAAUGAC